CCAUUGCUUCAAAUCCACACACUUUCAUUUUGUUCUUUACCAAAAUCUCCACAAAUCCCAUCCACUCCAUUAUCUUUCUUCUUUCUUCUUUCUUCGUCCUAAUUGUCUCAGUUUUCAGUUUCUGAAACUAAACAUGGGGAUCAAAGCUUUCAUGGUCUCCUUCAUCCUCACUUCAAUUCUCUUGUCUGUUCUGUACCUCCCAACCAAACUAGUCAUCCCCAUUACAAGGUUCAACCCCAUGUCAACCUUAAACAUCGUACAAAAGUCCAACAUGACAUAUCCGGUUACCUUUGCCUACUUAAUCUCAGCAUCCAAAGGGGACAUAAUCAAGCUAAAACGUGCCCUACAUGCAUUGUAUCACCCUGGAAAUCGGUACCUGAUUCAUCUGGAUUACGAUGCGCCUGCCAUGGAGCACAAGGAGAUUGCAGAGUUCGUGUCGAAUCACCCAGUUUUCAGCUCGCUCGGUAAUGUCCAUAUCGUCGGGAAACCAAACUUGGUUACUUAUAGAGGUCCGACUAUGCUUGUUGCAACCCUUCAUGUUAUGUCCAUGCUUUUGAGAUGCUGCAAAUGGGAUUGGUUCAUUAAUCUCAGUGCUUCUGAUUAUCUUUUAGUAACUCAAGAUGAUCUGAUUCAUGCCUUUUCUGGUUUGCCAAAAGAUCUCAAUUUCAUUCAGCAUACCAGUCAACUGGGUUGGAAACGGAACAAGAGAGGAAAACCUAUAAUAAUAGACCCAGGGCUUUACAGCAAGAACAAGUCAGACAUCUGGUGGGUAAUUAAACAAUGGACACUGCCCACUGCUUUCAAGCUUUAUACAGGCUCCGCUUGGACAGUGAUCUCAAGAUCAUUUGCAGAGUAUUCCAUUAUAGGCUGGGAUAACCUGCCAAGAACUCUACUUCUUUACUACACCAACUUCGUGUCUUCACCAGAAGGUUACUUUCAUACAUUGAUAUGCAACUCGGCAGACUACAAAAACACAACAGUGAACCAUGACCUUCAUUAAAUCACAUGGGACAAUCCCCCAAAACAGCACCCGAGGUUGCUGGGUCCAGGAGGUUAAAAGCUCUGGUAACAAAAAUUGUUUCUGCAAGGAGUUUCAGUAGGAGACAGUGUAGACCAUAGAUUUAUUCCAUUUUUUCCUCCCUACUUAAAAUGAAUCAAUUGAAACAGAAAUUUGUAUGAAGAUAAUAAGGAUGUUUUGUCAGCAAGAAGUGUGUUUGAUGAAAUGACUGAGAGUAGUGCUACUUGGAAUGCCAUGAUUAAAGGCUAUAGUUUACAAAGGUAGAGAGAGCUAAGAAAUGCUGUAGAGAAGCUUGGGUGCUGUUUAGAGAGAGGUUAAAUGAUGUAUCUGCGCAGAAUCCUACCACGGUAUGUGUUCUUU